GAGCAUUGAUAUCCAAAGAAAAGAAGCUGCAUACGUUCCAUACUAAAACCAUAUCAAAUCCCCGGAUGGGUCUACAGUGCACUUACACACGAGGCUUUGUUUGCACAAUGUUCUACAUCUUCUUUAUUGCCAUUUUAAAAGAUCCUGUCAAGUCGUCGCCAAAUGAAGUGUCAUAUGAAGCAUGCGAACCCUACCAUUGUAGGGGCAACCGUGUGAACAUAAGCUAUCCCUUUUAUAUCCAUGGAGAUAGAAGAGAUUUAUGUGGUUACCCUGGAUUUGAGAUCACCUGUGAAGGACCCAAAACUAUGUAUGGUUCCUUCUCAGUUAAAAGCAUCUCCUACAAUGAGAGUUCCAUCGAAUUAGUAAGCCCACAGGAUCCUUCUUGCAUUACUGAUCCAUCUUUCUAUAUUCUUCCGGAGAACAUCUUCCUAAAGAAAUGUGCUUCUCUUCCCAAUCUAGUGUUCUCCUACAACUGCACGAACGCUUCUUUUCCCUUCCCAACAUCCACUCUGAAUUGUACUUCUAACGUCACAUACAACAGCUCUGUUGCUUUACUUCUGAAGCCCGCUGGCACGCCCCCUCCACCAAGUGUACUCUGCCAGUUCUUUACGAUGGUUCCAGUACAACUGGAGGGAAGGUUCUCUAAUCAAACUAUCGAAGAUGUCGACUACAAGAUGUUGUUGGAGAAAGGGUUCCGAUUAAGAUGGGAUUUAUUUACUGACAAGAAAUGUAUUGGUUGCCAAGAAAGUGGUGGCCGAUGUGGACGAUUACGAGACACCGACUUUCUGUGCUAUUGCCCACAUGGAUUCAGUCAUCCCAAGGACUGCAAUAGCAGCGACGGAGGAGGACGUUGGCGGAAGAUAGGACUAGGUAUUGGAGUCGGAAGCUUGAUCAUCAUCUUCUUGUCCCAUAUGAUCUACUUGAAGAGGAAGAAUGCUUCUUUGAAGUUCCGUUUGAGAAACAGCACCUCUCAUCCUCAGUCCAAUUCAGACAUGGAAGAGCGCAAUGUCUCCUUUGAAGUCCCCAUUUUCAACAGUACCGAACUUGAAGUAGCCACAAACAACUUCGCUGCUUCCAAUGAACUAGGAGACGGAGGUUUUGGAACUGUUUAUUACGGAAAACUUCCAGAUGGGCGGGAAGUAGCAGUGAAGCGCCUAUAUGAGCGUAACUACCGGAGGGUCAAGCAAUUCAUGAAUGAGGUAGAGAUCCUGACUCGUUUGCAACACAAGAACCUUGUGUCUCUAUAUGGUUGCACUUCUCGCCACAGCCGUGAGCUUCUACUUGUCUAUGAGUACAUCUCGAAUGGAACUGUUGCCGAUCAUAUCCACGGCAAGCGAGCAAACUCUUUUACUACAUUGCCUUGGCAAAUCCGUAUGGGCAUAGCCAUAGAGACUGCUACUGCAUUGGCUUACCUUCACGCUUCUGGCAUUGUCCACCGUGAUGUUAAAACAAAUAACAUCCUUCUCGACAAGAAUUUUGGGGUUAAAGUUGCGGAUUUUGGGCUUUCGAGGCUAUUCCCCAAUGAUGUCUCUCAUAUCUCAACAGCUCAAGGGACUCCAGGUUAUGUGGACCCCAACUACCAUCGGUGCUACCAACUCACAGAGAAGAGUGAUGUCUAUAGCUUCGGAGUUGUUCUGAUCGAGCUUGUAUCAUCCAAGCCAGCUGUGGACAUAAGCAGAGAAAGGGACGAGAUUAAUUUGGCCGACUUCGCUAUUAACAAGAUUCAAAUAUGCGCGUUUGGGGAAUUGAUCGACCCAAAUCUAGGAUUUGAGUCAGAUAGCGAAAUCAAUAGGAUGACAACUUCGGUGGCCGAGUUAGCUUUCUUGUGCUUGCAACAGGACAAGGAAAUGAGGCCUCCAAUGGAUGAGGUUUUGGAGGAACUGAAGGCGAUUGCAUGCAAUGAGAAUGAUGCGGACAUAUUUGUUGACGUGGAUGAGGGUGAAGUUGCCCUUGCUCCACCUUCUCCGGAUUAUGACGAUUCACAGCUACUGAAGACUAUGCAGUUGACCCAUUCUCCAGUUUCUGUGACUCAAAAAUGGGGUAGCAGCGGCAGUUCUGCUCCUGGUGUUGAUAUUUAGAUUAUCCAUGUAGCCGUUUGUCGCAUACUUUACACACGCAUGAACGCAAGUGAGGAAUCAUAAAUGAUGAGACGUUACUGAUUUAAGUGCCAGGUCAAAAUCUGAAGGUAUGGACAUGGUAAUAAAGCACUUUUGUCAAUCUAGCUUGUACAUGAUAUUGAACCUUAUAUAGGUUAUUUAGUUUAUCAGUUGUUUCAUACUCCAUUGAGAGUAUCCAACACAACACAUGGAUAUAUUGGUCGGCCGAAAAAAAGAGUGGCGUA